GCCCAGCGCGUUCCAGAGAAAUUUCCCACAAAAUGGCUGCCAAAACAAACCGUACCGCAUACUAUCGCACAAACUUCCCAAAGUUAAGUCUGUAACGGUGCUAAAGCAAUCAUUUUAAAGGUCCGCCCGACGCAGACCGUGUAACGCUUCGAAAAGAUGAUGGUAGUGUUAUCAAACUAGCGCGAGUCACCACUUUAGAGAGCACUUCCUUUCCUCUGCAGGUACGAGCAGUUUCUCCUGUAACUGCACAGAGCGGUUAACGUGAGAGCUGAAAUCCAGGUUUCACUGACAGUACGGGCUAAACGGCCAAACAGCCGCCGCACACAGAGAAGGGGUCGCGCUACCUGUCCACACGCGAGCUGUGAGUCACACCUGAGAACAGGUGGACACGUUCAUCACAACGUUAAACCUGACGGCGGUUCGUCGGGGGAGGACUGAGCGGUUACAGCGCGAAACCUGAGCGGUGGUCGUUAGUUUUGUACCCCAGCACCUGUGCGCUCCACGGUCACUCAGGGACGUCCGCGUGGAGCUGCACCCCACGGACACACUUGUUGGUUCAAAGCUGCCUGAAUUCUUCAAUAAGGCGCUGGAAGCGUUUCAGUUUCUGGCAGCAUGACACACCUGCUGCACAGCUGACACGGCGAGUCAUCGUCACACAGCUACAGCGUGGAUAUGACACGGUAACAAUACUCAGAACCGUGUUGUUCCGGUGUCCGGCCGCACGUGGAGCUCGCUCACGCUACAGGCGGAACAAACGCUCGCGCGCUCACAGCUGACGGCGGAAGUAGCCUGACGUCACUGAGAUUUCGGGAGCAAAGAUGGCGGCCACCUUCCAGAGUUUCAGCUUGCGCACCACACCAGAGAAGUUUUACGUAGAAGCUUGUGAUGAUGGCUCCGUGGAUGUCCUGGCUAUUGACAGGGUGUCAACUGAGAUGACUCUAACAGUGAGACAGGAUGUCCCUGCAUCAGCUGAGACCAGGCCAAUAUGUGGACUGAUGGGAACUAUACGCUUAGUGGCAGGCACGUACCUGGUUGUCAUCACAAAGAAGAGGAAGGUGGGAGACCUGCUGGGCCAUGCUGUGUGGAAGGCUCUGGACUUUGAAGAUCACAGCUGCACACCCAGGUUGUCGGGUAUAAAGAGAGUAUUUCUGGCUCGUGUGUAUCUCUUGCUUUGUUGCUGGAUUUAUUUCUUGUUGCAGAUGCAAGACAACAAGACCUUCCUGUCCAUGAUUAACAGCAUGCUUCAUGCAGACGGUUUCUACUUUGCAACCGACUAUGAUCUGACACACACUCUGCAGCGCCUGGCAAACACCAGCCCGGAGUUUCAGGAGAUGAGCCUCCUGGAGAGGUUUACCGCUGCUCUCCUUUCACAGCUGCACAUGUUUGUGUUUCCUGUUGUCCACGGCUUCAUCACUGUGAAGUCGAGCUGCAUCAGUGGGAAGCUGUUUGAGUGGAGCGUGAUCUCCAGGAGGAGCUGUUUCAGAGCAGGGGUCCGCUACUAUGUCCGAGGCGCUGGUUUAACUUGGGUCUUUUUGAGCGACCAAAGACUCAAAGCUGUGCAGGACGAACAACCCAAGAGCUUCACGGGCUCAUUCUGUAGACAAGCGUCAGAAACUCUGCUGCCUUCUCUGGGUCUCUCCUCUGAUUUCAAAUUCUCGUUGUUAAUGGUGUGUUUGCAGACCAGAGGCUCCAUCCCCUUCUACUGGUCCCAAAGGCCUAAUCUCAGGUACAAACCAAAACCACAGAUCAGCAAAACAGUCAACCAUCUGGAUGGAUUCCAGAGACACUUUGACUCCCAGAUCAUCCUCUAUGGAAGACAAGUCACUUUGAACUUGGUAAGAAAAAUCCCAUGUCAUGGAGGCUUGUCCAGCUUCAUCUUGGACAACAUCCGCCUCUCUGACACCACCUUAAGGGAGUGCAGCUCCGUCCCCACAGCAUUACAGGCCCUACGGAACCCUGCUUUGUCUACGAUUGUUCUUCAGAUCUGGGCGCUCCUCCUGGCACCUUACAGUCAAAGUAGCCCCACUGCUGUCUGCAAAUGCACUGAAAUUAACUCCAUACCAUUUUGCAGUGGGAUUAUAUUUGCUUUGAUUCUUCUAAAUGAGCAGCAGAGGAUGGGAGUUCUCCACAUAGGCCAGCGGAUUGAAGAGCAGACAGACUUUGAGAAGAUGUACAAGAAUGCCUGGGCAGACAAUGCUGACGCUUGUGCCAAGCAGUAUGCUGGAACCGGUGCCUUAAAGACUGACUUCACCAGGACAGGAAAGAGAACACACUGGGGACUGCUGAUGGACGGCUGGAACUCGAUGAUCCGAUAUUACAGAAACAACUUCUCUGAUGGCUUCAGACAGGACUCCAUCGAUUUAUUUCUGGGGAACUACGCUGUCGAUGAAGCUGACUGGACCACUCCACUGCGAGACCCCAAGGACUGGAAGUUUCUGACAUUGCCCAUCAUCAUGGUCGUUGCCUUUUCCAUGUGUAUAAUCUGCCUUCUAAUGGCCGGUGACACGUGGACUGAGACGCUGGCUUACGUCCUCUUCUGGGGAACAGCCAGCGCAGUCACCGGUGGGCUUAUCCUCUUUUAUGGACGGGACUUUGUAGACGCUCCUAAGCUGGUCCAGAAGGAGAAGCUGGACUGAAUGUGUGUGUGUGGAAAGCAGCUGGGCCCUCGCAAACUCGCCGCCUCGUCCUCCACCUCGUCAUCACUCGAUCUGCAUCAGCAGGCCUGGAGCCUUUACUAACGCUGGAGCGAGGAGGUCGGCGGGCAGCGAGGGCGGCUUUGUGCACGACAGCAGGAGAGACUGAAGAGUGCACAGGCCUGCUGCUCUCCACACUGCAGUGGACUGACGGCCUGUCCACAGGUCGACACUGAACUCAGGAGCUGUUCUGACCCGACGUCUUUGUUCCUCAUUUAACUGGAAUGCUGUGGACCCGUUUAAAUGUAUUUCUUGUUGUUCUCAUUCCUCUUAUGAAAACAUGGGGAUCAGACUUCAAACAGCAAAGCUGUGAAGAUAUUCCUCAUUUGCAAAUCCUCAUGUAGGCCUGGUGUGUCCUAGGUUAGGCUCUGCCUGUGUCAUACUCUGCGUUUUAAGAUCAGUUUGAGCUUUAAUGGUUUCAGCUUCUUUUCUGGAGUUUUUGCAACGAGGUGUCCAAGUGUGCUCGUCCUUCAGAAUCCAGUCAGCUAGAACAAGAUUUAUGCUUGUGGAGUUAAAAAUGGUCCCUUGAUGAAGAAAGGGGAUUUAUCCUGGAAACCUCGAGAAAGAAAGUUGUCAUUAACUCGUUUUCUUGUGUUACGUUGAGUGAACUAUUUUGCAUGUCACUUCACCGGAGGAAAAACACUCCUUUGACUUGAAAUCCUAAUCUGAAUAAAUCUGUUUCACUGUGGUACUAAAGGAUAAAUCAGAGAACAGUAUUCUCCUCACAGAGACGCCAUCGUGGCUGACAGUGUGCUGAUGUCAUUUCUUUGGCUCCAAAUUAAAAAUGUUCGUCCUCUCGCUCUGUGCAUGUUCAUGUAUUUUGAAAACACGCCUGGAGUCUUCAAUAUCACUUCAAUUCAAAUGCUUUAUAUGUGCUUUAUAUUAUCAUCAUUAUUAUUAAUAAGACAAAUAUCUACAAUAUAAAAAACCCAACAAUCAGCACUGUUGUGGCUGAACAAACCCGAGCUCAGCUGUGAGGGGCAGCAGAGCCGUGUGGAGCUACGUCACGGUUGGGAAAAUGAUUUGAAAAUGAAAUUCUAAGUUUUGCUAUUUAAAAUAAAAAAAUGUGUUGAAUAAA